AUGACUGUACCGAAAGCAGCUCGAACUCAAGCAUUUAUCGAAACUGGAAUAUAUAUUUCUUCGGGAAAAAGAUGUUGUAAAACUCAUAUUACCGGAUUGAUAUUCAGUGAAUUGGCUUUGCAAGUUUUACGCCCUGUUAUUGGCGCCACAAUUCAACCGAAAUCAAGAAACCAAGAGAUGAAUAUGCCUAUACACUACAAGACGCUGCCGCUGAAGGAUGGUCCAGUAGUGAUUCAGAUGAAGAAACCAAUAAGGAAAACUAAAAAAACAUACAUGCUCAAUGUGCCUGAAACUUUC